UUCCUCUCUGUCGGUUUCUCCCACAGAGCAUGAUGAGUGCGCCAGUGGCCAGAAUUUGUGCGAUGAGAACGCCAUCUGCACCAACACCAUCAGGGGACACCUGUGUACCUGCAAGCCGGGCUAUGUGGGCAAUGGCACCAUCUGCAGAGCCUUCUGUGAGGAGGGAUGCCGGAGCGGAGGGACCUGUGUGUCUCCCAACACGUGUGUCUGUCCCUCGGGAUUCACAGGGCGCCGCUGUGAGACAGAUAUUGACGAAUGUGCAGAGGGCCUGAUUGAGUGCCACAACCACUCCCGCUGUGUCAACCUGCCUGGCUGGUACCACUGUGAAUGCAGAAGUGGUUUCCAUGACAAUGGCUCCUACCUACUCGACGGGAGCUCCUGCAUUGACAUCGAUGAGUGCAGUUUGCAGACACACACCUGCUGGAAUGACAGUGUGUGUGUGAACCUCCCAGGAGGCUACGACUGUGUAUGCACAUCUGGUCCAGGCUGCAGUGGUGACUGCCCACAGGAAGAAGGAAUCAGGCGCAAUGGAGAAGACUGGAAAGCCAGCUUUGAUCGCUGUGCUAUAUGCUCCUGCAAGGAUGGGCAGACGUAUUGCAGAAGGAGACCUUGUGACUGUGGAGACCCAGAUGAAGAUCUGUUUUGCUGUCCUGGCUGUGACAACAGGCCCAGCAGCCAGUGUUUGGACCAGAGCGGACGCACACUUUACCGCAGCGGAGCAUCAUGGCUGUAUGGCUGCCAGCAGUGCCGCUGCAUGGAGGGGGAGGUAGACUGCUGGCCUCUAGUUUGCCCCACGUUGAUGUGCGAGUACACGGCAGUGGCGGAGGGCGAAUGUUGCCCGCGCUGCGUCACAGACCCCUGCCUGGCUGACAACCUGUCGUAUGACAUUCGGCAGACAUGCAAGGACCCCGCAGGCAUCGCCCGCCUCAGCGGAGACACAUGGCAUAUGCCCAAAUCACCCUGCACCACCUGCAAGUGUAAGAAUGGAAAUGUUUGCUGCUCGGUGGAUCUCGACUGCCUUCAGAACAACUAAAACCCUCCUCCCCUCCUCCUCCCCCUCCUCCU